CAAAAUACUAUACAGGCUUUUGAUCGAAACAAGAUACAGGUCGUUUGAUCAAUACACUAUACCACUCGUUUUAUCAAAUCAUUAUACCGAAUAUUUGACCAAAACACGAUACAGGGCGUUUAUGCGAACCAAAGUACUGGACGUUUGUUCGACAAACUGGAUGUAUUGGACGUUCGAAAGAUGUCCAGUACUAUAAAGUUACACUACUGAAAACCAUUAAUAUCUACAAAUAUUACGUUAAUAACAAUCAAACAAAUUACUUUUCCAGAGCUCGCCAUGGUUGCCUGGAGUGUAUGCGCCAAGAGGAUAGCCUUGGGAGGAUCUCGUAAUUGGAUUUUACUCUUGGUGGUGUUUGUCGUCUACACAACAUGGCGUGAGACAUUUCCAGAUGCACACAGUUUAAAAACCAUAACGUUUAUGGCAAAGAUGAAACCCCAAGGAGCAAACCGGCCCAGCCAAAGCAUUGGGCAUCCUAAAAUUGUGCAGGAUGGUUACCAGAAGGCCAUUUUAUUAUCGUACAUGCGUGGAGGAACAACUUUUGUCGGAUCGACAUUUGAGAGAAACAAAGACAUAUUUUACGUAUUUGAACCUGAGUGGUCGUUAAUAUUCCAGACAAUGAACGAAUACCAGCCCUUGCAGAACGUUGACGGAACUUUUCAAGAUCCGGUUUGGAUACACGAUGCAGAUGAAACUGUUGAACGCCUGAUCCAGAAUUAUUUAUAUUGUAACAUCUCUGGUAUUGACGUCACAAGUUUACGUCAGAGGUUCAUGUUGGAAGCUCGAUACACAAAACCGUUAUACGACUGCGUGCGAAUGAAGAGAAACAAAAUGGCAAACUGUGUAAAGAAUUUUACAAAUGUCUGUACAUCAAAGAAGUUCCGAUUCCUUAAAACAGUGAGACUGCGCGUGCAUGCUAUCGAAAAGCUGCUCACCAACGACCCCAGCCUUCGAAUUAUCCAUAUGAUCCGUGAUCCCAGAGGCAUUGCCGUCUCCAGACAGGGCUGGCAAGAGUUUUAUCAAGCCAAGAUGACCUUCACCUUUGGUAGAGUGUGUGCGGAGAUGCUCCGCGACAUUGAAAGUGUAGAAAAACUGCCUCCGGAAGUUGCCAAACGAGUGCUUCCGGUUUUGUACGAAGAAGUGGCGGAAAAUCCAGAAAGUAUGGUUGAACACCUGUAUAAAUUCGUACAAAUGCCAUACACUGGCUACGUUCGUGAGUAUGUGAAAAACGUUACCCAUGCCGCCAAGGAUAAUACCGUGGGAUUCUCUACACAGAGGGCAAACUCUGCCAAGACUGCCUAUUCGUGGAGAGCCAAAAUCAGCUGGAAACUAAGUUCAGAAAUAGACGCCAUUUGUGAAAGGGUUUACAAAAAAGUCGGUUAUUUACGGGCAAAAUCGGAGCAAGUUCUAAGAAACUAUAACAUAUCUUUAAGAGAUCCCCAUAUCAGUGGAUCAUAUGUGGAUAAAUUUAGACAAUUUCGAAUCCCACCGUAAGGAUAUUUCAGCCGAAAGAUUAAUCAUUUAUAAGAACAUUUGACUGAUCGAGAUUUGACUGUAUGCCUGUAUACAAAGAUUAACAUACCUUAUGAUUUGAGGCGAUUUAAAAUCAGUCCGCUCAAAACACCUUGCUCUGCUGUGUUGAUCUAUCAAUCGUACAUCUUAAUGUAUGCAGGCUCAAACAUAAGUCAGACUUAGCUUUUGCUAAUCUCAGCGACCAGGAUGUUAUAACCGAGACCCAUUUCACUUAUAAUAUUUGAAAAGGUAUCUCUUUUAAUGCCUGGAUUUCACCUCUUCGACGUGAUCGUGACCAGCCUUGGGGUGGUGUAUGUGUCUGUGUCGGAAAGGAUAUCUUUUUCUCGCCACUGCUGUUUGGAGCAUAAAGACAUGCAAAUGAUCUCGUUGGAAUUAUUCGACAAUGUUGACGAAACUUGCUUAUUGAUAACAAAUCUAGACUUCCCUCUGAUACAUGUACCUAGUCCUACAGCGACAAUUAAUCAUAACGAUAAGCCAUGUAUAUCAACAGCGAUUAAGACAGAAAUAAAUCCACUUUACAAAAAAAUUCGAAAAUUUCUAUCUGAAAUGAAUAUAUUUGCUUACAAAACACAAAGAAGUCACAUUAAUUCACUGAUUAGAAAUGCCAAAAAGUCUCAUGAAGACAAAUUCAAGGAGAAAAUAGAAUCAGGAAAUGUUUGGAGUAAGUUUUGGUGGAACUCUGCAAAUCCUCUUUUAACUGACAAUAACACCUGUGGAUGUGAUGAUAAUAUAUUUAUAAGGCAAACAUGCUGAAUGAUUUUUUUAGUGUCUGCUUUUUAGAUAACACCAAAGUUGCACCCCUCGAUAUUGCACCAAAGAAUAACUAAGAACUUACAAGGUAUCACUGUUGAAUCCAAAGACGUAACUAAGGUGUUUAAGUCCACAUUAGCAAAGCUUCUAUAUCAGAUGGUAUCAGACCCAAAAUGUCUUUUGGAAAUUUCUGCAAUCCUGACGACUCUCCUUAUCUUCAAGAAAAUACCCUUCAUCUUGGAAAAAUGCCAACGUCACGCCCAAAUUCAAGACUGGGAACUCAUCUGAAGAUGGAAACUACAAAUCAGUUUCUUUGCUUAGCAGUAUUUAGCCACCUGCGUUCUGAGACAUCUCCAAACCAGUAUUGUUUUUCACCAUCAAAGUCAACAACCGUGUAACUAGUAGGUCUCUAUUUUAAUGUCGUCAAGGCUCUGGAUUACGUGUUGUAGGAAGUUGUUCAUAUUUUUUUAUAUUUCCGAGGAGGCUUUUGAUCGACUCUGGCCCGAAGGCAUUCUAGCUAAAAUGAAGUUACUUGCAAUAAAAGGUGAAAUGCUCAACUGGUUUGCGGAUUAUUUAAAAGAUCGACAGAAAAGCGGUUGGACUUCUCAUAGAGAUAACCUUGUAGAAGCUGCCAAUAAAAAUUUGUGUUCUGAGCACUUAAAUAUUGCCUUGGUAGAAAAUACCUAAAAAUUAUAAGACCAUCUGUGGAAUAUGCAGAUAGAGUUUGGGACAAUAUUAGCGAAGGCCAGAUAAGUAGCAUUGAAAACAUCCAAAAGGACGCACUACGUGUCAUCACUGUUGCAACUAAAAGUGCUGCCUCUAACCUACUCUAUGGAUAGUCAGGUUUCAUACAAAUACGUGAACAGCUUUUUUUACAUCGCUUGAUAUUCUUUCAGCAAAUGUUAUAGAUGCAACGAGCAAUGCAUUUGAUAAUGAAGUACCACGGCCAACAUAUCAGCGCAAUCCAUACCAGUUCAACUAUGUAACAACCUUUCGAUGUAGAACACCAGGACCGACACUGGACUACUAUUAUGCGCAUGCCUGUUUAUUUGUGCAUACUGAUACAUGUAUAUUAUUCCGUAAAUAAAGACUGUCUACUUAUUUACUGUUAA